AUGCACAGCGACCUCGACAUCUCAGGCUGCACCGCUCUGGGGGACAAGGGCCUCAUUGCCCUGUUGAAGGGUCUUUCGUCCGUAUCGGAGUCAGCGGAUAGUGCCGUCCGACUCUGGGCGGUCCUGACGCUUGCAUUUUGUGAUCUAGGGGACGAGGGACUACAGGCGGCACUCGCUGCUGCCGAGAAGAUCCAGCUACAGUACCUCUGGAUGGGUAGCAACAGAAUCGAGCUUCGAGCCGAUCUCACCCCUUCUAUCUGCUCAAUCAAUUCCAUUCACUUGCGGUGCCUCUCCCUCAGCGGCAACCCUCGCCUACUUUCAGCUUCGGUCAUCCUCCUCUUCGACACCCUUUCCGCCCCUAAUCUUCACAGCCUCAACCUCGCUGGCUGCGAGAUCGGGACCGAGGCCGGCGCCGCCAUCGGAGGCUACCUCUGUAGUAAGCGAUCGCGUUCACUCCAGUCCCUCCAUCUCGGACACAACACGUUCACGCUGGACGACAUUCGGCGGAUCAUUGACGCGGUAGAGCGUGGAUGCUUUACGCUGCUGCAGAUGGGCCAUCAUUCGAAUCCUCCGCUCGUUCUCCAUCCCACAGCUUUGUAUGGAGAGGAUCCCGUCGUGGACGCGCGGAUCCAGGUGUAG